AUGGCUACGCCAGCCAAGAAAAGAAAGACCAAUUUCUCGGAGCAAGAAGUGGAGAUCAUCAUGGAGGAGAUGGAGAAGCAGAAGCACAUCCUCAUUAACCAUUACAACGCUGGGGUGCCCCUGAUGACCAAAAGCAAUGCCUGGUAUGACAUCUUGAAGCGCGUCAACGCUAUUAGCACAUGCCACCGCGAGUUGGCGGAGGUGAAGAAAAAGUGGUCUGAUCUGAAGACAGAGGUGCGCAGGAAGAUGUCCCAGGCACGCGCUGCAGUGGAAGGCGAGGGGGACGUGGGGACGCCACCGGUCAUGCUUACGCCUCUUCAACAGCGAAUAUGUAACUUAUUGGGGGAGAGCGCCAUCCUCAGCCUGCCCACCCAGGAGUGUCCCACCGAAAUCCCCACCCAAGUCUCCAUCAGUUCACCCGGCACCGUCACCCUGGCACAAAUCCCUGCAGAGACCACUUACCAUACUUUAGAAGAAAAUGUGGUGGAGUAUUGCACAACAGAAACCCCCACGACUGUUACUUCUGAGACUCCUGUAGAAAUGAUCUCUCCUUCAGCUGAAGUUAUGGGAAAACCUCAGGAACUAAAGAACAGAAUUGCGCUAAAUUCAGCACGGCUGCUGCAGGAGCAGAGAGUGACUAACUUGCACGUAAAGGAGAUUGCCCAACACCUUGAGCAACAGAACGAUAUCUUGCAGAUGAUACGCCGGUCCCAGGAAGUCCAAGCUAGUGCUCAGGAGCGCCAAGCCCAGGCCAUGGAGGGGACUCAGGCAGCCCUGAAUGCCCUUAUUCAGGUAUUACGACCUAUGAUAAAAGAUGUGCGCAAGUUCCUACAGAGUCGAAAUACAGAGUCUCCAGCCACCAAUGAAGCUGGUGAUCAGGGGACUCAAAAUGGACAAUCAAACAGUAUUAGUCAAUGA